AUGGAUUCGGAAGUUAAAGGAGAUGCUGCAUCCCCUCUAAGGAAGGCUGAGUUGUCGUKGAGGGGGAAGAAAUGUCAGGGCUGGAGACCAAAUAGACAGGCUACUCACAGUCCUCACCCACCAGAKGUGCCAUGCCUAGAUCUAGGGAGGCUGAGAGAUUCUGAUGAAGAGGAUGGAGACUCUUACAUACUGUAUACUCCAAGUUGUUCUCAUGGGUGCCAACUAGAUUCAUCUUCAGAUUGUGCUCCAUAUGCACCGCAUCAGCAUAAGACAAGACCAGAAAACCUGCCGUCCACCACAGACAGAUACAAACCGAAGAAUGGUCAGUAUGAAGCAGAGACAUCAGCCAAGCAGCAUCCUCAGACAAUUGCAGAAAAGAAGAAAGAUCACCUCCGGUGUCCAGACACUUCAAUAAAGGGUACACAGCUUGAAGAUGGACAUAAUGAUGAGUUUAUAACUUGUGAUCAGAAAGCUCUCCUGCAACAAUGCUACACAAACAAGCCUUAUAACAUGCAGCACAAUAUAAGGAAAUCAGAAGCUGAGGAUGUUGCUGCAGAGAGGAGAAAACAGGCUGUUGUAGAACAAGUUAUGGUGGAUCAGUUAUGUAGAGCUGUUAUAAGUGAUCCAGAGCAGUCCACACAUUCUGAUGCUUGCAAGGAAGCUCAAGGACUUCUGGGAGUUGGGACAGCACCAAUGYGUUUUAGAAAAAGGACACUCCACGAAACGAAAAUAAGGACCAAAACAGGACUAACUGAGAACAUGCUCUCCAACAAGCUACGCUUUGAUAGUAGGAUUAUAUCGAGAAAUGGUCAUGAUGCUUGUAGAGAGUUGAUUGGAUUUUUCUUUGCAUGUGACAAAUCCCUUACUGUGUAUGAAUUUCGACAGUUUGGAAAAAACAGAACAAAUGCCCUUCCAUUCAUUCAGAAGGGAGUUUAUCAACAUCAUCAUGGACAAAGAAAGGGAAAACUUURUGAUCUUAGUGACUUCUACGUUGGAGCUAAUCUAACUUUCCGAAGUGUUGAUCAUAACCUUCCAGAAAGCGUUAAGCAGAUCCCUAUCUUCACUCUUCGUGUGAUAAGUAUUGAUGAAGCAGCUAUGGAUUAUCUAAAGUAAAGCUUCCUCUURGUAUUCAAGCAGGAAUGUUCCAGGCAAGUGGCUGAUGAUAGUGAAGUUUUCAAGAAGAUUCAAGGUAUAUUCAGAGAAACACUACGUAAAAGAGGAGUUUGGGUUGUAACAGGCUUAGGAAAAUAUUUCCGACAAAUAGACAAGAACAGAAAUGGUUUUCUGGCUCAGUCUGCCUUUAAAGAAGCUCUAAAAGUAUUCCAUUUGGAUAUGCCUGAAGGGGACUUUGAAUCCAUAUGGUUUCUUCUUGAUGAUAGCAAGAGUGAUAAGGUCAACUAUGGAGAAUUUAUUCAUGCCGUAUUUGGAGAAAUGAAUGAAUCUAGGAAAGCAUUUGUAAGAAAAGCUUAUAUGAAACUAGAUUUCAACAAAACUGGGAGUGUACCUAUGGUAGAUGUCAGAAAAUGUUACUGUGCAAAGAAACAUCCUCUAGUAUUGGCAGGCAAAGCUGCAGAAGAAGAAAUUAAAUUGUCAUUUCUAGAAACAUUAGGAGAGUCAUGCAGCAACCCCAAUGAAGUGUCCUAUUCUGAGUUUGAAGAUUACUAUGAAGGAUUAAGUUUUGGAAUCGUGAGUGAUGAUGAUUUUGUUAAUAUCCUAAGGAAUUCGUGGGGAAUUUAGAGUGGAARACGACAAAAAGAAGAAGGGACAUUUUUUAAACAAGAGGAAUUUUUAAAAGAGGAAUUAGUCUUGAUGUGCAUUACUUUAUAAUUACUGUCUGAAACUGAUUUUAGGGUCUGAAAACUUUAGAUGCUUUCAGARUAAUAGGUGGUAAAUUUCUUUAAUUGUCUGUUGAGUUAUGGUAGCCAGUCUUCUAAGAAAAAUACCGUUCAUGUCUUUUUAUUGGAAAUAAUUAAGGCUGUUUCCCAUACCAAAAGCCAUAAUGUUUUUAUAUUAGAGUAAAGUAGCCUAUUUUAAAAUAAGAGGGAAUUAGAAUACCAAAAUGCCUGAAGGGUAUGUGCAAGAGAAAAAAAUUUUUUUAAUGAUGCAUUGUGAAAAGUUUCAGAUUUGACUGCAUAAAUAUCAAUGGUAGCUUUUCUUCAGAAAUUUUCUUACAACAUUCUUUUUCUUGUGUAUUUUUUCUUAUGCUGGUACUUAGCUUGAAAGAGAGCAGGUCUUCUUUUUCCAGUUUCAAGGUGCAGAGGUGUUCACAGCAUUUAGCCCCUUGGCCUGUGCACUAUCUUGGCUGAUAUUUGUCAUUUUGGUCAGGCAUCUGAAGCUGAGCAUUGAAUCUCAAAGGUUUUAGUAAUCACAUAGGUAUUUUGUAAUGCAUAUCUUCUUUUCCUGUAUUUUACUAAGUGAUUUUCAAAACAAAUAUUUUAUAUUUAAAUACUUGUUUUCUUUAUACUGCUGUGUCUUUUUUAACUAAAAUUUAGCAACUAUAUAUUUUAUCAAACUGAUAUAUAGCAUUUCCUAUCAACUCUGAAAGUAUGAAAAAGAAACAUAUUUAAAAAAGACCCCAAAAC